CAUCAUUGUAUAACUUUCUAUAUAACACUUCACUACUCUACACAAACUCUAUUGUCACUAACUUCUUCUUCUUCUCUUCCAACAAAAAAGCAAGAAGUUAUGGACUCCUCCAAGAUCUCAGCUCUCCUCCUCAUUUGCAUGCUCUUCAUUUCCUCUGCCACCCCAAUUUUUGGCUGUGGUUCUUGCGGCAAGCCAAAACCAAAGCGCAAGGGCCACAAGGGAAAAUCUCCUAGGGGUCCCAUUACCAUUCCUCCCAUUGUUAAGCCUCCGAUCAACUUGCCACCAGUCAUCCCUCCUAUUGUCAAGCCACCAAUCACCAUCCCUCCCAUUGUGAAGCCGCCGGUGACUGUUCCUCCUAUCACUGUUCCUCCAGUGGUCACUAAGCCACCAAAGGGAGGUAGUACUCCAUGCCCACCACCACCAGGAGCUAAGGCUACAUGCCCAAUUGAUACCGUGAAACUGGGUGCCUGCGUGGAUCUUCUAGGUGGGUUAGUGCACAUUGGCCUUGGCGACCCAGUUGUGAACGAGUGCUGCCCAGUUCUUCAAGGACUUGUGGAGCUUGAAGCUGCAGUCUGCUUGUGCACCACUCUCAAGCUCAAGCUUCUCAACCUUAAUAUCUUUGUCCCCCUUGCUCUUCAACUCCUAGUUACCUGUGGCAAGACACCUCCUCCUGGUUACACCUGCUCUCUUUAGACAACCAAAGUUGCCAGAAUCAUUGACGGAUGUUGAAAUCGACAUGAGAGUUUGUCGAGCCUCCUAUUUCUUUUUCUUUCUGUUUCUCUCCCACUCCUUCGUUUUUUCUUGAUUGGUAUUGAUGAAGAUGCAUGCUUGGGUUAUUAAUUUGUACACCAUUUAAUUUUUAUAAAAUUGUUGCAAGUGUGGUUUGUCUUAGUUAGACAAGGAAGCAAUCAAGAGAUUUUCUCUCUAUCAUAAUUAUUAGAUUCUCAUUUUAUCA